UAGAAUGGAAAAUUUUACGUCAAGACUUAGAAAACGAAUUUGGCCUUUUCAGAUCGGAAAACAUCAUAAAAAAUUAUUGGUAUCCUAACUUAAAAAUUAAAGAAAAAGAAGAAAAUAAUGAUCUUAAAGUAAUUCAAGAGGAUAUAGAAGAAAAUGAAAACAUGAUCGUGUCAUCUCCCUGUGAGGAUGCAAUGGUUUCUAAUAACGUGUACAAUAAUACAGCACGUAUCACUAUCAUGUCUCCACCUCAUAGUGUUUCACGAUCUCUUUCUUUACCUCCUAUUUCUUCUAUUUUGAAUAAUCUUCCUCCACCUCAACGAAGUCACACGUUACCUUCCAUCUCGGGUAUUCCUCCUCGAUUCCUUGAUGAUGAUUCCACACAAAGUCGUACAUUACCUCCUAUCUCUUCUAUUUGGAAUAAUCCUUCACAAUGUUUCAUAUUACCUUCCACAUCUUUUAUUUCGAACGAGCCCUCUUGUCUUUAUUAUUAUUCCACACAAAAUCGUCCCAGAUUACCUCCCCCCUCUUCAAUUUCAGAUAUGACUCGACCCCUUGAUUCUUUUUAUCA